AUGAAGAAGCGAAUUUCAAGCUCCUGUGACGCAUGUGCGUUCCGAAGAGUCAAGUGUGACGCUGAGAGACCAUGCCGUGAAUGUCGAAUUCGAGGCUUGGAUUGCACUUCUCUUCGCACAAGAGGCAAACGAGGCCCCAAGGGUCCUCGUCCGGCAACAUGCCGGAAAAUAAAAGAAGGUCUCGGCCGCUUGACGCAGACUCACGACACACCUGGGGCUCUGACAGUUUCUGGGUCAAGUCCUGAAUCGGCAUCCAGCCAUGAAAUUGGCGUAGGGCUCGACUUCAUGGUGCCCACGUGUCCUCGGAGGCUACCUAUUGACGCAUAUUGCAAGUACCUGGGAAUAUUUCGAGAUCGAUUGUAUCCUGUUUGGCCCGUCGUGAAUGUCGAUGACUUGAUUUCGAAACUCAUUUUCGAUAUCAACGACCUCGAGUCAUAUGCUUUGGCAGCAUCUGUGUGCGCAGCGUCCAUCGCCCAACUUCGACUACCAGAACACACAGAGUCAUGCGAGGCAGCAAUCUCAUCCCAUCAAUUUGCCAAGGAUGCCCAAACCGUUCGUGAGCAGUAUGACUACCGGGAAUGCCACAAACUAUCGUCUAUUUUGACACCGUUCUUCCUACAUAUCUACUUUGCCAACGCAUCGAAGAUUCGAACUGCAGCAGUGUACCUACGAGAAUCGAUAGCGUCAGUGCAUUGGCUGGGCCUUGAUCGACAAGAAACGUAUGAACCCUUGGAUCGAAAAGAGCGAUCGUUGAAACUGCGGAUAUUCUGGAUGCUGUUCAUAUCUGAGAGGACAUUUUGCGCACAAAACUGUUUCCCAGCAGUGCUUGUGCCGAUUGACGAAAUGCCGCCAUACGAGGAAACGGACAGCGAGUUCAGUUCGAUAACGCAGGCAUUUUCGUCACUUACCCGCCUCUUUUCACAUCUGCAAAGCAACAUCAUGGAGACAUCGUCAUCACGUCGGCCAGUGAUGGACCCCGAUAAAGUGGCCAUUGCUCAAACCGACCUCUGUGCGCAUACGCAGCAUUCUUCCUUCACUGAAGUGCAACAAGUGGACUUGUUUGUCACGCGGCAAUGGAUACGACUGCUCAUAUGGGAGUACACCAUGCGGCACUACAAAAUGUCUCGCGAUUCGUCGAACCAGGCAUUUUCAUUGCUGUUGCCGGUGACAAUUGCACGGGAACUCCUGUGUCUAUUCCCCUCUGUGUCGGCAGAGUCGAUCUAUGCCCACGGCUACGGAAUGGAACUCAAAGUGUUUAGGAUGGCGGAUGCCCUGCUGGAUAUUCUGGCUUGUGCACCAGGAUCCACAAGAGAAGGUGGAAUGUGUGCGGGAAUGGGUGAUAUUCUUUAUUCCCUCAAAAACGUACUACUGGAUAUUGGAGGAGUCAAGUCUGGCUUUCUCGACAAGCUCCAGAUUCGGAUGUCGAACUCGGAAUUGGGGAAGCGACCGUGGCCGUAUCUCAGCAUGCAGUUUCCAGAGAAUGCGGCUCCGCGACCAGACGAGAAUGUGGUUUACGAAGUGGAUGGUCACCUUGAGACUGAGGCAGAUGAUUUGGAUAUUUCUCCAGUUCAAUAG